CGAAUUCUCGCGGGUGGGCUAAACACAUAUUUGUUGACCGAAGUCCUCUCGUCUGCGUCCCAGGUGAAGUGGGCAAGAGGAGGAAGAAAGUAUGCACUACUGGGUGAAAGCUUCUCCCUCUGAUUUCAGCGGAACUCUUCCCAAACCUCGCAGUGGCCACUCUGCGGUUAACAUCGGGAAUUCGAAGGUCGUCGUGUUUGGUGGCCUUGUCGACAAGAAAUUUCUGAGCGAUAUAGCCGUUUAUGACAUCGACAAUAAGUUAUGGUUUCAGCCAGAAUGCACUGGCAAUGGCUCAGACAAUCAAGUUGGUCCCAGUCCACGAGCUUUUCACAUUGCUGUUGCAAUUGAUUGCCACAUGUUUGUCUUUGGUGGACGUUCAGGUAGCAAAAGGAUGGGUGAUUUCUGGGUUCUAGACACUGAUAUCUGGCAAUGGUCAGAGCUAACUAGUUUCGGUGACUUGCCUUCACCAAGGGACUUUGCUGCAGCUUCUUCUUUUGGGAACCGGAAAAUUGUCAUGUAUGGGGGCUGGGAUGGUAAAAAGUGGUUGUCAGACGUGUAUGUUCUAGACACAAUGUCACUUGAAUGGACUGAACUUUCAGUUGCUGGGUCACUGCCUCCUCCAAGAUGUGGCCACACAGCAACUAUGCUUGAGAAAAGGUUGCUUGUCUAUGGUGGAAGAGGAGGUGGUGGGCCAAUAUUGGGUGACUUAUGGGCUUUGAAAGGACUCAUUGAAGAAGAGAAUGAAACCCCGGGAUGGACCCAGUUGAAGCUUCCGGGUCAAGGUCCUUCUCCCCGUUGUGGCCAUACCAUUACAUCGGGUGGACAUUAUCUACUAUUAUUUGGAGGGCAUGGGACUGGUGGUUGGCUUAGUCGCUAUGACGUUUACCACAAUGAUUCAAUUGUGUUGGAUAGGGUGACUGCUCAAUGGAAGCGGUUGCCUACUGGAAAUGAAGCUCCUUCAGCACGGGCAUACCAUUCAAUGACCUGUGUUGGAUCACGUUAUUUGUUAUUUGGUGGCUUUGAUGGGAAAUCAACCUUUGGCGAUCUGUGGUGGUUAGUUACUGAAGAGGACCCAAUUGUAAAGAGAUUGUUUUCCACAUCACUCAACGAUCUCCCUCAAAAUAAGGAUUUGACAACUUUGAAUGAAGAUUCCAGUUCCGCACAGGAGUCUGAACAGGAUUCUCAAGGGAGGCACAAUGCAGUUGAAGAGUUAGGAAAAAGUUUGGGGAUUACUAUCUCUUUCUCAAAUCCUGGACUACCUGUUGUUGGCGAGAUGGAGGACAAGGAGUUCCUUAAUCUAGCAUAUAGUUUAAGUGAAGUUGAACCUUCUAUCACUGGACGGGUCACACAUACUGAGGCCGCUCAGGCACUUCGGAAACAUUGGAGCAAUUCUAAUCCUAGGUUGAUUCCACUGAAAGAGUUUGGGCCCUUACUUCGUGAUUACCAGCGGUUGAUCACCCAUAAGUACUUUACAAAUGAUGGGCCUCAGUCAGAGUUCAUUACUACCAGUCUUCCUGGAAAAGAUGCUUAUCAAUUUUACCAUAUUAACAGCUUUCGUCAGUUACGUAUGGACGAUAUACCUAAGCUGCUGGCAGAGUACAACCAGCUUCUACCCGAUUAAUCGUUUCUCCGACGAAUUUUGUAAGUCGUCCGUUCGUUUAUAAGCAUUCUUGUGAUUUGAGAGCACAGCCUUUGCAGUCCAUAUAUGGUGUGUAUCAUGCAUAUCAUUUCUCCAACCCAUUAUUAUAGGCAUCAAUGGCUUGUCAAAUGCAUAAUCUUCUUUCUUCAUAUGUUCUUUUUACCUUCAAUUUCUUGCAUGUUUAUUUGUUAUAGCCUAUAGGACCAAAACCAUAUACUAUUAUCUCGGUGUUGUUCAUUAAGUGAUCAGAAUUUGAGAAAUAGAGGUGCCAAAUUAAAUGUUAUGAUAUGAUAGAAGGAUUGAUAA